CUUGGAGCAUGUCUGAAAAAAAAAUGGGAAAAUGACAAAUAUUGGCUUAAUAAAAGAUGUUUUUUAUUAAGCUUAAUAAACAUAUAAAAUAUUGGCUUAAUAAAAGAUGUUGCUAGGCUAUUAUGCCCAUUUUCAGUAAAUGUGAAGGCCUACAUAACAUCUAAAUGCAGUUUCCAGUCCUAAUUACAUAAGAAUGGGCCGGGGUGGAGAAAAAUGGUUGGAGGCUUUGUAAGAACUUGCCUUUUUCCUCCGCCUCAACCCCUCCCCCCUCACUCCAAUAGGCAAGCAGCCUUUGAUUUUAAUAUUUCAGUUGCAAUGAGAUAGUGAAAUAAGUGACAUAGUAAGUGGUUGUCACCUACCUCUAGCCGCUUUUUUCUUUCUUUUUUCUCUUUCUUUUUCUUUUUUUAAUUUUAAGGAAGGGGAAGAAUGGGCGGGGUUGGGGGGGAAUUUUUUUAUUUUUGAAUUCGACCUUCUGAUUUUAUUUUCCUGUACCUAUUCCCUUAAAUCUCGAGGCACUAUUAGCUUUAUAGUUUCAGCGCACCCCUGGGGACAGAGCAAUUUGGCCUGCUCAUGAUCACGUUAGAGUCCCGAAGUAGAAAGGGCAAGAAGGUUCAGGUUUAUCUAUGCAACGGGAGAGUGCUUUGCUUAGAUUGCUUAGGGUCAGGUGAGUUACACUUGUCACGGCUACAAAAGAGCUUCAGGAGGAGGAUCUGGUCUUUGCACAGGCAGCUAUGGACGGAGAAGGAAGUCCGUCUCGGCAACUUGCCUGAGGUGGGGUAGCCCGGGGAGACAUUUUAGUCCCCGCCACCCUCGGACGCUCCUCUGGGAGGAGGCGCAGAGCCGGGCAGGGCGGCCUGGCUCGGCGUCCGGUCCGGCCAGGAGUUGGUGCUUUUAGAGAGGUGUCCUCCGGUGACGCUGGGGCGGUUUCCGAGCCCAGGCGGCCAAGGCAUUGGUCACGCGGCCCGGAGAGAGGCGCUCCGUUGCUGCUGCAUCCUCCUCCCGCCGCACUUUGGCCCACACCCACGGGCGCCCCGCCCCCCCCUCCCCCCCCAGGCUUAUAGAACCGACCCCGCACCUCCGCGCGCCUCGGGGCCAGACGCUUCCCGGAGCCGACGGCGCGGCUGCCUGCGAGGCCUGGAAGCCCCGGCGGCACCGCCGCCGAAGUGGCGAAGUGAGGCGGCGGCUGCGCCCCGCAUCAUGGAGGGCAGCUCAGCCGCGGCCCCAGCCCCAGCCCCGGCCCCGGUCGCCACCGACAGCCGCCGCUUGCCGCGCCCGGUCUGCCGGCUCCCGUCGCUGCUCUCAGGGCGCCGUCCCCUCCUCACCUCGAAGAUAAUAUGAAGGAGGCCCGGGGCCACGCGAGCGCCCCUUUCUGCACGCGCCUCAACCAGUCCUACCCGGGCAUCUGGGCGCCCGAGCGCUCCGCCGAGGCGCGGAGCAACCUGACGCGCCCCGCGGGGCCCGGCGAGAACUGCGGCUCGGUGUCUGUAGCCUUCCCGAUAACCAUGCUGAUCACCGGCUUCGUGGGCAACGCGCUGGCCAUGCUGCUCGUGUCGCAGAGCUACCGGCGCCGGGAGAGCAAGCGCAAGAAGUCGUUCCUGCUGUGCAUCGGCUGGCUGGCGCUCACCGACCUGGUCGGGCAGCUGCUCACCAGCCCGGUGGUCAUCGUCCUGUACCUGUCCCACCAGCGCUGGGAGCAGCUCGACCCGUCGGGGAGGCUGUGCACCUUCUUCGGACUGACCAUGACCGUCUUUGGGCUCUCCUCGCUCUUCAUCGCCAGCGCCAUGGCCGUCGAGCGGGCGCUGGCCACCCGGGCGCCGCACUGGUACUCGAGCCACAUGAAGACGAGCGUCACCCGCGCCGUGCUGCUCGGCGUGUGGCUGGCGGUGCUCGCCUUCGCCUCGCUGCCGCUGCUGGGCGUGGGUGAGUACACCAUCCAGUGGCCCGGGACGUGGUGCUUCAUUAGCACCGGGUCCGAGGGCAACGGGACUGGCUCCCCGCACAACUGGGGAAACAUGUUCUUCGCUUCCGCCUUUGCCUUCUUGGGGCUCUCAGCGCUGGCCGUCACCUUCGCCUGCAACUUGGCCACCAUUAAAGCCCUGGUGUCCCGCUGCCGGGCCAAGGCCUCGGCGUCGCAGUCCAGCGCCCAGUGGGGCCGGAUCACCACGGAGACGGCUAUCCAGCUCAUGGGGAUCAUGUGCGUGCUGUCGGUCUGCUGGUCGCCGUUGCUGAUAAUGAUGUUGAAAAUGAUCUUCAAUCAGACAUCAGUCGAGCACUGCAAGAUGUACACAGGAAAGCAGAAUGAGUGCAACUUCUUCCUAAUAGCUGUCCGCCUGGCUUCACUGAACCAGAUCUUGGAUCCCUGGGUUUAUCUGCUGCUAAGAAAGAUCCUUCUUCAGAAGUUUUGCCAGAUCAGGCACAACACAAACAACUAUGCAUCAAGCUCCACCUCCUUACCCCACCAGUGCUCCUCAACCUUGAUGUGGAGUGACCAUUUGGAAAGAUAAUGAAAGAACGGAGUUGGACUUUUUAUUGCAAUUCCUGCUUUCCUGAGUUUGUGUAUUUUUUCCCACCUGAGGAGGAGAAUUUUAUAUUUUGACUUGGAUUGUUUCUUCUUUUUCGUCCUUCUUAAAAUUUUAAUGUUUUUUUUUCUUGUCAGUAAUAUCCACUGAGACCAAGUUUAUUACUAUAAUCUGUGCCUUUGAGCAUUAAAUUGGGUUCUUGGACUGGAUUUUGAGUAUACAUUUAAGAAGUUGGGCAGCAUUGGACAGAUGGUGACGGGUGAAAAAAAUGAGAAAAAGAAAACUCCAUCUUUCAUUAGUUUUCCCUCAACUUCAAACUCUUAUGUGAAUCUCAACUGAUGUGGAUAUCUUUAUAUUUUAUGGUAGUUUUGAUUUUUACAAUAUGAGUUUGAAAAAUCAGCACAAGUGUUUGCAAGUGGAAAGUCAGCUUAUCGAGAGCAAGAAUUCAAUUAAUCGGACAUAAACUUCAUGGGAUAGAAAAGGAUGCCAAAUGAAAGCAAGAGGGUACCAUGACCAAAAACACUUAUGUAAAAUGUGUGAUUAAUGUUUUGGAGCUGUUGUGUUCUUCUGGGCUAAGCUGGGAACUUAAAGUCCUUAAGUCUGUAUUCUGGUUAUGUGUCAUUUAGCAACUCAGGAAUCAGCUUAAUUGUCAUUUCUCUGUCUUUGAAGACUGAAAGGUAUGAUGCAGCUAAGGGUUCUCUUGAAAUGUCAUAGGAAAUAAUAAUGAGGCUAAGUGAUUAACUGUUGAGUUGGAGCGUUAAAAAAACUCCAGGCACAGACUCUGAAUCACCACUAUCAAUUCAGCAUUUCUUACAAUUUCUUCUUGGGUGGCAUACAAAAAACAAAAUUAAUAAGUGACAUAGUUAUCAACUAUCAGGUUUUGUUACUUUUUUAUGAAGUAAAAGGGUCUAGUUUGUCUGAAAUAAGAAAUUCUGUGGACUUUAAAAAAAAUACUUUGAGUCAUCUGCUCUCUCUCAGCUAAUGUGCCCUUACCUGCUCAUAAAUUCAACCAGCAUUUCUUCAUCUUGUCUUUCUUUCCCCCUCCCCUUCCUCCUUCUUUUCCCUCUCUCCAUUCACUUAAUUCAACACAUAUUUAUUGAUUGUCCCUUCUUUAGGCACCUAAGGGCCAUGCUGUCACCUACGAAGACAUCUUGGAAAGAGAUGAUAAUAUGGUAUCAGUAGUUUUGCAAUAGGAGCCUAUACUGUGACUCCAUUGUCAUUUCUGUCAAUGAGAUGAAACCAAAAUGGUUGCAUCAUUCCUUUUGGAUAGCUGAACCAGUGUGAAUUAGCUGUAAACUACAAUUAUUUUCAUUAAAUAUAUAUUGAAAUUCAAGCAUUAUGUAACCAGCACGAAACUGAUGCUGUACACAAUCCCUUUAUUCAGGUUUAAAUUCAACAAAUUUUAUUUAGCAAGUAGAAUUUUCAGACCAUCAUAGGAAUAUCCAUGCUCCUGUUACCUCUGUCUGUAUCAUCCAGCUAUGCGGUUAUCUAGCUGUCAUCUAUUUACUAUUUUAUUUUUACAAAAGAGGAUAAGGUUUACAGAGGGCUUGCCCAAUGUCACUUAGUUAAUGUAAGUAAGAAUUCAGAUCCAAGUUUAAGUUUUUUGAUUCCAGGUUUACUGUUCUCCCUAUAGCACAGUGGGAUGUAAGACUUGUUACAAUGAUAUUCCGUUUAUAAGACAAUGUGAUCUAGUAAAAAAAGCAUAGGUUUUGGAGUCAAACUUGGAUUUAAGUAUGGCUGUGCCACUCAUUAGCUCUGUGAACUUGAGAAAGUUAUUAAUUUCAUUGAGUCUCAAUGAAUUAAUUUGUAAGCUAAAGACAAUAAUACUUACAUGUGGGGUUAUUGUGAUAAGGUAUGUAAAGUGAGUGUAACACAAUAGGUACUCAAUACAUAUUAACUGUGAUUAAUUCUUUAUCUAGACUUACCUCUAACUGUAUAAUAUGAGUUCUCAAUUCAUCUAUAAACUGGCUUCCUGACUGUGUGGGAUGAAAUGUCAUGGACAGAAUCAACUUCAAAUCCCUGGAUGCUAUUCUUGAUUCUAAUACCUCAUGGUUAUUUCUACCCACAUAAAACCUACUCAUCUCCUGCACGUGCAAAUCUCACCUUGUCCUUAGGCCUUGGAUAAUUUAAGUACAGAAGCCCCUCCUUAUCUGCAGUUUUAGCUCCCAGUGGUUAAGCACAGCCUGAAAAUAUUAAAUGGAAAAUUCCAGAAGUAAACAGUUCAUAAGGGUUAAAUUGCGUGCUAUUCUAAAUAGCGUGAUGAAAUUGCCUAGGGUUCUGCUUUGUUUUACCUGGGACAUGAGUAUCCCGUUCAUCAUUGUCACGAGGUAGCCUACUCAGUUAUCAGGUCCACUGUUGAGGUUUUGCAGUGCUUGGGUCCAAGCACUUAAUAUGUUUUUUACUUCAUAAUGGCCCAGGGGAAUUCCCUGGUGGUCCAGGGGUUAAGAUUCUGAGCUUUCACUGCCCAGGGCCUGGGAUUCAAUCCCUGGUCAGGGAACUAAGAUCCCACAAGCUGUGAGACAUGCCAAUAAUAAUAAUAAUAAUAAUAGCUCCAAAGCCCAAGAGUAGUGAUGCUUGGCCAUUUGGAUAUGCCAAAGAGAAGUUGUAAAGUGCUUCCUUUAAAUGAAAGUUCUCAACUUAAUAAGAAAAGAAAAAAAAUCAUAUGCUGAGGUUGCUAAAAUCUAUGUAAGAAGAAAUCUGUCCUUGAAAUUGUGAAGAAGGAAAAAGAAAUUUGUGCUAGUUUUGCUGUCACACCUCAAACCUCAAAAGUUACAGCCAUGGUGCAUGAUCAGUGCUGAGUUAAGACAGAAAAGGCAUUAAAUUUGUACAAUAAAAUAUUUAGAGAGAGAGAGCAAGAGAGACCACAUUCACAUAACUUUUAUAACAAUAUAGCGUUAUAAUUGUUCUGUUUUAUUAUUGGUUAUUGUUAAUCUCUUUACUAAUUCAUAAAUUAAACUUUAAAACAGGUAUAUAUGUACAGGAAAAAACAUAAUAUGUAUAGGGUUCAGUACCAUCUGCCGUUUCAGGUACUCACUAGGGUCUUGGAAUGUAUUCCCCAAGAAUAAGGGAGGACUACUGUGUCUGUUAUCUUCUUACCUCUCUCCCCAGCUCUGAAGUUAUAAAGUGAUCAUUUUGAUGAUUACUGUAUUGUUCCAUAAAUAUUUUCAUUAUGUAUGUCUUUUUCCCUUGACAAAAUUCUAUUUCCUAAUGGACAGGACACUUUCCUUAUAUUAUCUUCAUAGGUCUCAUAGCACUAGUGCAGUAUUUGACACCAAGAGAAAGGCUUAUUUGGUAAACUCUCAACAAAAGUAACAUUUAUGUACAAGAUUAGCUGUUGCAAAUUUAAAUAAAGUGAUAGAAAGCACUUUGUCUCCAUGAUGUUGUUCACCUUGAGAAAUUUCAUGUUAAACUUUCCUGAUUUAAAAAUCCUGCAUCCAGGCAGAAAUAAUCACAUGCAGAUUAAUAUGAUAAUGUUUAGUAAAGCUCUCUAUAUAAAAAUAAUGUGAUAAAAUUGGAAAAAUGAUUAUUUGAUAAAGAUAUUUCUCACACAAUUAGGAAGACCUUUGUCCAAUUCAUUUGAAAUCUGAUGUAGGGACAAUAUACGUCAGUAUAAAAUACUUUUGUUACUUCUAUUUUUAACCCACAGAAAUGUAUACAUUGCAUGCUAAAUUCCCCUAAGAAAAUAGCCUCUGUAACAUAUGUUCUCAGAAGUUCUGAAUAAUGAUUCAGCAACACACUCACUGAUUUUUAAUAAGUGCCCUCAUCUACAUUUUCUUUUUUAUCCUCAAUAAACAAGGGUUCUCAUAAUUAUGUAAUUGAGGACAGAACUAAAUCUCAAAUAAGUAAGUAAAUAAAAUUCUUAGGAACUCUGCUAAAAGAAUGUUACAUGUGGAAAAUAGUGCUUGAUCUGCAACUUACUGCAAUUAUAGUAACUACUGUAAAGCUCUAUGGGAUCCAUAUACCAAAAAGUAUGAUAGUAAUAUGCUUCAUAAGUGGGCCGUAUAGACCUGGUUCCUGACUACACGUAGAUCUAUGACUUUUGCAUUGGAAGAAACAAACUCCUGCCUUCUUCCACCACCAUUCUAUUACAGAACCUGUGAUUUCAUUCAGCACCACGACUACCCAGUGUGAAACAAAAUAAACAAAAAAUCCAGCUGUGCUGCUCCCAAAAGAGGUUGGGACAGGUAAUGUGAAGAGGCAUACCAAGCCAUGCCAAGAUCUCAGAACCAGGGCGAGGAAAGGAAACAGGGGAUAUUGGGGUUAGAAGACUGAGCUUCCAUCAGAAGUUAUAUUUAUCUAAAUUCUCCCAAGGAAGGAGAAGAAAGUUAAAGUCACUAUCUUUUGUAUGUGAAUGUGUAUAUAUAUCUUAUAAGGGGACUUUGGUCCAUGAAAUACAUGAAAAUGUAUUGAAUUGAUCUACAUUUUUAGUGUCUACAAGAAUGACUUUUAAAAAUUAAAUGAAUAAUGAAAACCAGGUUGUAAGGAAACCAUAUAAGCUACUUAAGAGAACAAAAGUUUUUUCAACAUCUUCAGUAGUUGGAAGCACAUUUAAAAGAAGUCUAUUGUUAAGAUAAUUGUAAUUAUGCAGGCACCUUAAGUAUCUGAAUAAAAUAUACCUUGCUUGAUAUGCUUUUAAUUAAUUACUAUGAAUACUUAAAUGUGUAAUGGCUGUCUUAAAAAAUAUUUGCACUUAUGUUUUUCAUUAAUCCAGGCUUUUACUGAAUAUUUUAAUUCAAAAUAUGUCACUUACUCCAUGGAUUAAAGUGUUUCUCUGUUUUA